AUGGUAAGCUCUAAAUCGUUUUUCAAUUCAUUCGAACAGACCCUUUCGGUGAAGAAGAAGCAGGACAACCCCAAGGAUAUUCGUAUCCAACAAAGAAACGGUAGAAAGACCUUGACCACCGUUCAGGGUCUUCCAAGUGAUUAUGAUCAAAAGAAAUUGUUAAAGGCCUUUAAAAAGGAAUUCGCUUGUAAUGGUACACUCGUACAAGAUGAGGAACUCGGACAAGUAAUCCAACUUCAAGGAGAUCAACGUCUCAAGGUCCAAAAUUUCCUCUCGGAGGAAGGGAUCGAUAAAAAGAUCAUUAAGAUCCACGGUUUCUAG